GAUCGGGUUGACAAUGUCUGCGGAUACCACGCCACAAAUGUCUGCGGCUACAAAAGAAGUGCUGGCGCGGGUGCGGCGCUUGGUCCCGCCAAUGCUGGACAAAUUCCACAAAGGCCAAUUGGGCCGCGUCGGGGUCAUCGGCGGUAGCGAAGACUACACCGGUGCGCCGUAUUUCUCUGCGAUGGCCAGCGCGCGUCUGGGAUGUGACAUGUCCCACGUCAUCUGCACGCCGGCCGCCGCCGCAGUCAUCAAGACGUACAGUCCGAACCUGAUGGUGCACCCGCUGAUGCGCCAGACCUCCUCCGACGGCUCGAGCGACGCAGACAACCAAGACCCGGACCCGGACAAAGUCGCGUCAUCGAUUAUACAGAUGCUAUCUCGAUUACACGUCCUCGUAAUCGGCCCGGGAUUGGGUCGCGAUCCGCUGAUGCAAGACACGUGCGCGCGCGUCGUGGCCGCCGCCAGGGAACGCAACACGCCGUUGGUGCUGGACGCUGAUGCCUUGCAGCUGGUGCAGAAAGACCCCGCGCUGGUCAAGGGCUACAAGCUCGCCGUCCUGACGCCCAACGUCGUCGAGUUUGGAAGACUGGCGAGUGCGUUGGGCAUCGAAGAUGCCAAGGAGGGAGACACGGCAACUGCGAGGGCCGAUGCCCUAGCUAGGGCGUUGGGAGGGGUGACGAUUGUGCAAAAGGGCGGCAAAGAUAUUGUCAGCGAUGGUGGGAACAGAGACGCCCUCGUCGUCGACCUCGAGGGUGGCAAGAAGCGCAGCGGUGGGCAGGGAGAUACGCUCACGGGCAGCAUUGCGACGAUGCUUGCGUGGCGCAAGGCGGCGCUCGACGGGCUUUGGGACGGCAGCAGGGAGGGAUGGCAGGAGUGUAGCGGCCAGGGUGAGGGCGUGGGUAGCGAGACAGUGCGGCUGGCUGCGUUUGGCGGGUGCGCCGUUACGAGGGAGUGUUCUAGGCUCGCGUUUGCGAAGAAAGGGAGGAGUCUGCAGGCCAGCGAUCUCACGGAUGAGGUCCACCAGGCGUUCUUGAAUAUUCUGGGAGAGGAGGAAGGGAAUGAUGCGAAGCUUUGAGGGAUUCGUGUGGUAAGCAUGCGUCUGUGUUUUGUGUCUGGCGGGGCAUGCACAACUCCGAAAUCAGUCAUACACACACACACACACACACACAUGGUCUGUUUCUGCAAAGCUCAGUAGAUCCUGAACGUGAAGUUGACGUUUCUCUGCCA